AUGGGUAAUUGUAGCAAUUGUAUUCAAGAACAACAUGAACGAUCACAAAAUCGAACAAAUUUAAGAUUAUCAUCACCAGUUUUUCAUCCUGUACAUCCAUAUGAGCCAAGUAUUUUAGCAACUCGUUUAGCAAAUCUUCGUACAUUUUCACGACAUAAUUUAAAUUCUCUUAUUGAUGAAACACUUUUAAUUGUUCGAACAGUUGCUGAUACAGAUCAAGAACCACCACAUGCUAUGUUAAUUUUAUCACGUAUUGCUAAUCAUGAAGAUCGAUGGUUAGAAGUAAUGAUUGCAUUAAUUGAACGUGUACCAAUAAAUGAUCCAUUAGGUGCAACAGUUAUUGCUUUAUUACUUGAUGAAUGUUCAUUACCAUCAAAAGAAUUAUUACAACAAUUAAUAAAACAAAUAUGUUCAAAUAAUCGUUUGAAAAUAAAAAUACUUGAAACAAUUAUUGAUGAACAUAUUAAAAAAAUAACUAAUACACAAAUUAGUAAACAAUUAGAAAAACAUACAAUAAGUUCAUCGAUUCAAACAAAUGUUGGUCGAGUAACAAAUAUUAAUUAUGAUGAAAAUAUUGCUAGUAAUGAAACAACAUCAGUUAUAAAUAAUCAUAUAUGUGAUAGUGUUGAUCAACAACCAUUACAAGAAAAGGUAAAAAAAAUAUCAUCAUUUACCAAUCUUCGUUCUUCAAAACGUCCAACAUCUCCUAACAAGAGAAUGAAGAUAUCUGAUAUAUCUAAUCAACGUGAAUCUCAUUAUAAUUUACAUCAUGAACGUAAUACAUUAGUUGUACUUGGAUGUCUUGCUGAAAAACUUGUUGGUCCAACUAGUGCAUCCAUGUUGGAUACAAUUGCACUUGAAUAUUUAAUUGAUCGAAUUUAUUUGGGUAUAUAUGGUUAUGAUAAAUUAAAAUCUUUCGAUUUCGAUGAUAGAAAUGUUUCAUCAAAAUAUUCAUCUGUAUUAAAAAUAAUUUUAUUUGCAUUAAUAGCUCUUGAAAAAUUUUCUCAUACAUCUGAAUCUAAACAUAUUUUAUUACAAUCAUUAACAAUUUCUAAUAAUGAACAAUCAAAAAUGAAUGUAUUAGAAUAUUAUGAACCAUGGGCGUUAUCAAAUAAUUGUCUUAAACGACAAAUUGGUUUUUAUGCUCAAUGUUUACUUGAUAAUGUAUUUAUACUUGAUUAUCGUCGACCAUCAUAUGAAAAAAUUGAUCAUCGAUAUAUAAAUGUAAUGCUUAAUGAUAAAGAUGUAAGUGAAUAUUUAAAACUUGGUCCUGAUGGUCUUGAAGCUCGUAGUGAUAGUGUAUCAUUUGAAAGUGUUCGAUGUACAUUUAAUGUUAAUUCAGGUGUUUGGUAUUAUGAAGUACUUAUUAUUACUGAUGGUGUUAUGCAAAUUGGUUGGGCAACAAAAAAAUCAAAAUUUAUGAAUCAUGAAGGUUAUGGUAUUGGUGAUGAUCAAUAUUCUAUAGCCUAUGAUGGUUGUAGAAAUUUAAUAUGGUUUGGUGCAAAAUCAAUAAGACAUUCAAAUCCUUCUUGGAAACCAGGAGAUAUUGUUGGAUGUUUAAUUGAUUUCGAUCGUCGUGAAGUAAUUUUCUCUUUAAAUGGUCGUUCACUUGCUCCAUUACGUAAAUUAUUUACAUCUACAUCAGACUCUAUAACUGAUGGUUAUUUUGCUGCAGCAAGUUUUAUGUCUUAUCAACAUUGUCGUUUUAAUUUUGGUUCAAAACCAUUUCGUUAUCCACCAAUAACAGUAAAAAAUUUUAAAACAUUUAAUGAAUAUGGUUAUUUAUCAGAUAAUGAUAAACUUAUAUUACCAAAAUAUAAAAAAUUAGAAUUAUUACGUUCAAUACAAAUUAAUGAACAAGAUUGUUUAUUAUGUGUAGAUUUACAUGCUAAUAUAAUGCUUAAACCAUGUCAACAUACAGGAUUAUGUGAACAAUGUGCAUAUAAAUUAGAUGUAUGUCCAAUAUGUCGAGCGGAUAUUCAUGAACGAUCAAUAAUACAAAAUUGA